AUGACUAAGGGUACCUCCAGCUUCGGAAAGCGCCACAACAAGACGCACACUCUGUGCCGUCGUUGUGGCAAGCGGUCUUUCCACAUCCAGAAGUCGACUUGUUCCAACUGCGGCUACCCUGCUGCCAAGACCCGCAAGUUCAACUGGGCUGAGAAGGCUAAGCGCCGCAAGACCACCGGCUCCGGCCGCAUGCGCUCCCUGCGCGAUGUCCACCGCCGCUUCCUUAACGGCUUCCAGACCGGUACCCCCAAGGGUGCCCGUGGCCCCGUGACCAACUAG